CGUGUAGAGAUUAUGGAACAGUUCGCGGAAUGUCACUGGAAACUGGGGCGAGACGAAACGCACCUGGGGAAUUUGCAGGAACAGAGCUGCACUGUCUAUGAAGGUUAUUCAACACUGGAAUAUGCGUACUUGAAUAUUUGGUAGAAAUGUAUACCACCGAACGCAGGCGUAUGAGCCUGCACGAGGUUAAGAGAAAGGAUCCUGUUUGGGUAUCAGCUGGAAGUUUAUGGCAGGACCCUUUGGCUAUUGAACUCAGCACCUCGAAUAAACACAUUAUUUCCCCCCGGAGCCGGACUAGGGCUGUUGCUGUUGCAUACAUUGUCACUGAGGAUGCAUCCCUGCCACAGACAGAAGAGAACUUGUCACUGAAGUCCGUGAAAGAAGCCUGCGCGGAAACGCAUGCUGUGUUCAAAACCAUUCCUUUCGAGAGAAUAUCGCUUGGGACGACUGACAUUCUUGAUAUCUUCUACAAUGCCGAUGUGGCAGUGGUGGAAAUGAGUGAUACUUACUGCCAGCAGUCCCUCUUCUAUCACCUGGGUGUAAGAGAGAGCUUCAGCAUGACCAAUAACAUCAUCCUGUAUUGUCACAAGCAGGACAGUGACCUGGAAGCACUCAAGGAGCAGUGUGGGAGCUACACGUUCAUCCCGUAUGUAGUGUUGCCACAGGGCAAGGUGUUUGCCUGCGACGCGACCCUCGUAAACGGCAUCAAAGAACUGAUGCAGCCAAGCUUCCAACUGGAACCCCUCCUCACCCCACUGGUAGAGAGGCUCAUUCAACUGCUGGAUAAUGUGCACGUUCAUGCCAGUGAGUACUUCCGGGAGUCCAUCCGGCAUGAGAUCCGCACAGCCCGGGAGCGCUUCAGUGGCCAGGAUUUGAGUCAGGAGCUGGGCCGCAUCCAGAAGCGCCUUGACACGGUGGAGCUGCUCAGCCCAGACAUCAUCAUGAACCUACUGCUGUCGUACCGGGAUGUCCAGGACUAUGAUGCCAUUAUCAAACUGGUAGAGACUCUGAACAACUUGCCCAUGUGCUUGGUGGCUGCCCAGCAGAAUAUCAAAUUUCACUACAUAUUUGCUUUAAACAGGAGGAAUCGUCCAGGUGACCGUGCCAAGGCCCUGGAGGUGAUUCUGCCCAUUGUGGAGUCAGGUGGCCAGGUGGUGUCGGACGUGCACUGCCUCUGCGGCCGUAUCUACAAAGACAUGUUCAUGAGCUCUGGCUUUAAAGACCAUCGCAGUCGAGACCAGGCCUGCUACUGGUACGGCAAAGCCUUCGAGACAGAGCCCACCCUUCAUUCCGGCAUCAACAACGUUGUCCUCUUGAUGGCUGCCGGCCACGAAUUUGACACCUCCAUCGAGCUGCGGAAAAUAGGCGUGACCCUGAGCAGCCUCCUGGGGAGGAAGGGCAGCUUGGAGAAGAUGCAGGACUACUGGGACGUAGGCUUCUACCUGGGAGCCAGCAUCCUGGCUAACGAACACAGGAAGGUCAUCGAGGCUUCAGAAAAACUCUACCGGCUCAAUGCACCCAUGUGGUAUGUGGGCUCGAUCAUGGAGACGUUCAUCUUGUAUCGUCAGUUCACCAAGCCCCCAGAGGUGAAAAUGUCUAAACAGGAGACUGUGGACUUCUGGAUGGAGCUGAUGCUGCAAGCCUGCAAGCCUACUGUUUCCACUGACCGCUGCCCAGUUCUGAUCCUGGAGCCGACCAAAGUGCUCCAACCCACCAUAGUGUGUGUGAGUGAGGAUGACGACAGCUGCACAGUUCAGCUCAACCACAUCACACCCCUGAAGAAAGGCCAGAAAGACCAGUGGACUUUCCCUGCCUCGCAAAUCCGGGGAGUGAGUGUUUCCAAGUUUGACGAGCGUAGCUGCUUCCUGUAUGUCCUGGAGAACUCGGAUGACUUCCAACUCUGCUUUCCCAGCGAGCUGCACUGUAAAGGGUUCUGUGAGCUGGUCAACUCUCUCCUAAGCCAGGCAGAAGCCCCAGUGGAGUACCCCAGCGAGCUCACUGGAGGAUUACUGGAGUUUAUCUAUGAGACCAGCGAAAACGGAGACAAGGUGGUUCUGGGUAAAGGAACCUAUGGCGUGGUGUAUGCUGGGAGGGACCUGAGCAACCAAGUCCGCAUCGCCAUCAAGGAGAUCCCAGAGAAAGACAGAACUUACUCCCAGCCUCUGCAUGAGGAGAUAGCUCUGCACAAGAGGCUGAAGCACAGGAACAUCGUUCAGUACCUGGGCUCUAUGAGUCAGGACGGCUUCAUCAAGAUCUUUAUGGAGGAGGUUCCUGGAGGAAGCUUGUCCUCUCUCCUGCGUUCCAAAUGGGGACCCCUGAAAGACAACGAGGCCACUGUCAUUUUCUACACCAAACAGAUCCUUGAAGGGCUUAAGUACCUCCAUGACCACCAGAUAGUCCACAGAGACAUCAAGGGUGACAACGUGUUGAUUAACACCUACAGUGGUGUUCUCAAGAUCUCUGACUUUGGCACCUCGAAACGACUGGCGGGAAUCAACCCCUGCACAGAGACCUUUACAGGGACCCUGCAGUACAUGGCUCCAGAGAUCAUCGACCAGGGCCCGCGGGGUUAUGGGAAGCCUGCAGACAUCUGGUCCUUGGGCUGUACCAUCAUAGAGAUGGCCACGGGGAAACCACCCUUCCACGAGCUGGGCAGCCCACAGGCAGCCAUGUUCAAGGUUGGUAUGUUCAAGAUCCACCCGGAAGUGCCGGAGUGUAUGUCAGCUGAGGCCAAAGGCUGCAUCAUGAGCUGCUUCACACCGGACCCAGACAACAGGGCCACGGCCUCUGAGCUGCUCAAGGAUUCCUUCCUCAAAUCCACCUCCCGGAGGAAGACCAAGCCAGAGCCUGACACACUGCCUACAGAUGCUGGUGACAUGUACCAGCGGAGUAUGUCUGUCCCAGUGUCUAUACGUGUGACAGAUACCGACAGGGACACUGACAGGAUGGACCUGUCGUGCUCAUGGGACCUCCGGAGGACCAUCUCCCCCCUCAGAGGAAAGGACAUUACAAAGAGCCCACCCAGCACCAGAGGCUUCCUGCCGGUGUCAGAGGAGCCCAGUACUGUGGACAUGACGGCUAGUCCAGCCACGUCAGGGGAGAACCUGGGCCUGUUCCUACUGAGGAAGGACAGCGAGAGGAGGGCCACACUGCACAAAAUCCUCACUGAGUACAUCACCGACGUGGUGCACAACAUCCAGAACACACUACCUCAGCAAACAGACGUUGGUUCCGUGACCUCAGAGCACAUCUCUGAGCUGAUUGGCUGCCUGCGGGAGAACAUCCGCUCUCCAGACAGAAGGCACCUGACCAACAGCCUGGUGAAGUUGCGCUCCACACUGCUUGCUACUGCAGUACCCCUCAAAAACCUGCGAGCUGUGCUCUUCAGCUUCCAGGAUGCGGUGAAAAAGGUGUUGAGGCAGCAGCGGGUGAAACCUCACUGGAUGUUUGCUCUGGAUAACCUUCUGAGGCAGGCCGUACAGGACGCCAUCACUGUGCUGUUACCAGAGCUCAAGCUUCAGCUGCAGUCUUCCUUUGAGACGGACGAGAGUAGCCCAGAAAGAGAGCAACAGCCCAGUGAGCUAGCAGAGCUUUUGCCUGCAGUCCUCUCAGAUGACCAGGUGGUGGCGCCAGCCAACACAGAGCCCAUAGAGGAGGUUUCAGAAAGCCCCUGCUUACCCAAUGGCCUCCAGUACAACACUAACUGUCCCCUCAGUCAGGAACUGAGAGAUCUACGGCUAGAGACGCGCAGACUGCUGACCCAGCUGAGUGAGAAGGAGAGGGAAUACCAGGAGCUACUGAGGAAUUCUGUCCAGAGUAGACAGGGUCAGAUCGACACUACCAGGAACACAUCAGAACUCACAGAUACAGAGUUGUCCCUGCAGAUUAGUUCGAACUCAGAAGUCAAGUCCUUGGUUUGCUGGCUGAAGGCUAUCCCAGUAGAUCAGGACACCAUAGACAAGUUACUCUCUCACGAGUUCACCUUGGACUGUCUCCUCACCAUGGCCUGCAGGGAUGACUUGAUGUACUGUGCCAUAAGAGGAGGGAUGCUGUGUCGUAUCUGGGCGGCCAUCACAACAUGGAGGAAGUCACAGAUCAAAUCUCAGCUCAGCACACACUCUGAAGAGAGCGAGGACACAUUCUCGGAUGGAUAGUCACAUGUUCCAUGAAUAGGCUGGUCCUAUAAGCACAACAUGGUACAGAUUUACUGAGUGUGAAUUUAUCUCAUAGUUAAGGUGUGUGUGUGUGUGUGUGUGUGUGUGUGUGUGUGUGUGUGUGUGUGUGUGUGUGUGUGUGUGUGUGUGUGUGUGUACGCAUGUGCAGUUUUCUGAGAACAAGAUAAUCAUAUCAUAAAAAGUGGACCUACCUUAGUAUUUCCCCAAAGUUGUUAUAUUGAAACUGAAAUGGUUACAGAAAGAUGGAUGAACAGUAAAGGAUAUGUUUUUUUUUCUGUCAUUUCUUAUUGUGAAUACCUAUAGGUAUAAAAACGGGUUUCAGAAAUCUGCAAUCUGAUUGGCUGAAAUGGUGUUCUAAACCAUUGACAAUUCUCUGAUAUUUGAAAUGCAUAUGCAGGCGAAAGGGGAAUAUUUAGGGCCAACAGCUGUCAUAUUUUUACCUCAACAGAUAAUCCAUGCCUCCAUGGAUACUUUAUAUUCCCUUAUUAGUUUGUUGUGUAGUAUAAAACAAAAUAACUUAUUUCUAUUGUACCUCUUUAAUGUACACCAUUUCUGAGAUCUUAGAAGGGCUUAAAGCUUGAAGAAAAGGUAUGUUAUUGAUGGUAAAUAUACACUUUUGCGAGUCUGUGCACUGGUGACUGGUCAUUAAUAAUCAGGAAUAGUGGUGGUGUCUGUAAGAUGUGUAUAUGGGUCGUUUGAUAAAGAAAGGUGCCAAUGUUCAUGUUAAAAGUGUCAUGUUUAAAUAUGAUUUUCUUUCAGUUUCACAUGGGUAGGUACAGGAAUAAAAGUCUAGGUAGGCAUAAUGACACUAACGCCACCUAGCAACAACAAAACAUCAUUCAUGUCAUUCAACAUGUCACAUGAAACAUGGACACUGCAUGUUUCUUUGUCAUGCCUAGUAGCCAGGUCUGUUUGUGCUUUAGUCAACUUCUCUAUAAUUUAUAGCCAUGCUAAACAUUUCUGAGGAAUGGAAAAGAUAAACAGCUUCUAUAUGUUUUUAUAGUUAAAAAAUACAAUGGGUCCUGUCAAGAAAAUUGAUGAUCAAUAAUUAAAUCUAUAUAAUCUGUGAAUUUA